AUGACUGACCACAAGACCUUGACAUCACGCUCGCAGUCCAAGGAUAUCCAGCUUGAGCCACCCACAAGCCGGAAAGACGGCCCCAAGUUCGAGAUUGACUUCGCCGCCAACAGCGAUGACAAUGUCCCCGACAACCCCUUCGCCUUCGCGCCAGGCCACCUGCACAAGCUCGCCGUCGCGCGGAGCGUCGCCGCGCUUCAGGCAUUCGGCGGGCUGACGGGGCUCGCCCACGGGCUGCGCAGCGAUUCCACGGCCGGGCUGAGCUUGGACGAGGACGUGCUGGAGGGUCUCAUCUCGGCCCAGAGCGCCUGCAAGGAGAGCAGCAGCAGCAUCCUCACGCCUGACCCCAAGCUACAGGUACAUCACCACGACACACGCCGUCGGAGCCACAGUGAGGGCAUCCACGGCCUCGCGGAGCAGCUGCGCCUCGAACAUGCAGAAAGCAAGGGGUACUCGGACCGGCGCCGCGUCUUUGGGGAGAACCGGCUCCCGCCGCCGCGUCAGAGGUCCUUCCUGCAGCUCUGCUGGCUCGCCAUGAACGACAAGCUUAUUUUCCUGCUCAUGGCGUCUGCCGUUGUGUCCCUGGCCCUUGGUAUCUACCAGGCCGUGCAGAUACAGCAAAAGGGCGGCGAGCAGGGCUCAAGCCUCGAGUGGGUCGAAAGCGUGACUAUCGUUGCGGCUAUUAUUGUGAUCAUCCUCGUACAGGCGCUGAACGACUACCACAAGAACUACAAGUUCCAGAAGCUCAACCAGAAGAAGGAAGAGCGGAUGGUCACGGUGAUGAGAUCUGGAAAGCACGUGACCAUCAGCGUCUUUGACCUUCUCGUGGGCGACUUACUCCGUGUUGAGGCCGGCGAUGUGACGCCCGUGGAUGGCGUACUCGUGGACGGGUUCGGCGUGCAAGUUGAUGAGAGCCCCAUGACGGGUGAGUCAGAUCUGGUCGACAAGACACCAGCGGCAUUCAUCCACGAGGCGAGCCGGAAAAGCAGCAGCAAGGAUGUGGACCCCUUCAUCUUCAGUGGCACACGCGUUGUCCACGGUGUCGGCGACUUCCUUGUCUUGGCCGUGGGACCCAACUCUACACAUGGACGCAUGCAACUCUCGCUCCGAGCUGAAGUCGAAGAGACGCCACUGCAGCACAAGCUUGGCCGACUUGCUAAGUACCUCAUUUUCAUCGGAUUCGGUAUCGGCAUAAUUUUCUUCCUGGUCUUGUUCAUUCGCUGGCUCGUACAGAUGGGCAGAGGUCAAUUGGACCACCUCACCCCACAAGAAAAAGGCGAGCAGUUCCUGGAUAUUUUCAUGCUGGCUGUCAACCUCGUGGUUAUUGGUGUACCAGAGGGGCUGUCGCUUGCUGUCGCUGUGGCCCUUGCCUUUGCGACAACAAGGAUGCUGAAGGAUAACAACUUGGUGAGGCUUCUUCGGUCUUGCGAAAUCAUGGGAAACGCGACGACAGUCUGCUCCGACAAGACUGGAACACUGACGACGAACAACAUGACUGUUGCCACCGGUGUUGUGGGAGAGUCUCGGUUCAGUGACGAUGCUGCCGCGCCCCUGACAGAAGCCGACGAGUCUAAGGUCCAGAGCUCUGCCAAGCUGGCGGAGGGGCUAUCGAAAAAUGUGAAGACGCUCCUCAAGGAUAGCGUUGUACUUAACUCGACAGCCUUUGAGGGCGACGGCGCUGGGACAGGAGACUUCGUCGGAUCGAGCACGGAGACAGCCCUUCUCAAGUACGGUCGCGAGCACCUCGGCAUGGAACCGGUAACAGAAGAACGGACCAAUGCAAAUGUGGUCGAGCUGUUCCCCUUCAACUCUACGCUGAAGUGGAUGGCGUGCAUGGUCAAGCUGGACGAUGGCAGGUAUCGAAUGCUUGCGAAGGGUGCCGCCGAGGUUGUCCUAGGCAACUGUUCGACGACCCUCAAGGACCCGUACGAAGGUCUCACGACUACAGAAAUGACCGCUGCGACGCGUGAACAGCUGUCGCAGUUGACAAGAACGUAUGCCGCCGAUCAGCUCCGGGUGAUAGCACUCGCGUACCGAGACUUCGGUACGCCGCCGAUGAGUGACAAGGGAGGCAGGACGGGCAAGACAGAGGCAGUGAACUUCGCCAAUCUCUUCAGCCAGAAUAUGACAUUCCUGGGUCUGUUUGCCAUCCGUGACCCACUCAGGCCGGAAGUGGUUGAAUCGGUGCGACAGUGUAAGGACGCCGGUGUCUUUGUACGUAUGGUCACGGGCGAUAACUUCCUCACCGCAAAGUCCAUAGCCGUUGAGAGCGGUAUUUACACAGCCGGGGGGAUUGCGAUGGACGGGCCGACGUUCAGGCAGCUCAGCGACGAACAGCUCGACCUCGUGAUUCCGCGACUGCAAGUCCUGGCGAGAUCGAGUCCCGAGGACAAGCAGGUCCUGGUACAGCACUUGAAACGCAUGGGUGAGACGUGUGCGGUCACAGGAGAUGGGACCAACGAUGCCCCUGCACUGAAGGCAGCCGACGUCGGAUUCGCUAUGGGAGUCUCCGGGACAGAGAUUGCGAAAGAAGCCAGCUCGAUUAUACUCCUGGAUGACAACUUCCGGAGCAUUGUCCGAGCGCUUGCUUGGGGCAGGAUGGUGAACGAUGCGUCAAAGAAAUUCCUCCAGUUCCAGCUGACCAUCAACAUUACUGCGGCUGUUCUAACCAUAGUUUCCACCCUCGUCGACGGACCAGAGUCUGGAAUUUUUGCCGUAAUUCAACUGCUCUGGCUGAACCUCAUCAUGGACAUUUUCGCCUCAUUAGCCUUGUCAACCGGAAACCCGAGCCGAGACGCGUUGAAAAGGCGUCCCGAGCCUCGGAAUGCGUCAAUAAUCUCAAUACAGAUGUGGAAGAUGAUUCUCGGGCAGACCAUCUACCAGCUCACGGUCAUUUUCGUGCUGCAUUACGCCGGCGACAGGUUCUGGCCCACUUCUACCGAUCAUGAGAGAAAUCAACUUCAAACAUUUGUCUGGAAUACGUAUAUGCUGAUAUGCCUAUUCAACCAGUCAAACUGCCGCCGCAUAGAUAAUCACUUGCAUAUCUACGAGGGCGUUUUCCGCAACCCUUGGUUUCUCGGGGUACAAGCGAUCACCCUCGCUGGUCAAGUGACUAUAGUACUCAAAGGUGGGGAGGCAUUCCAAGUUGCGCCCAUCACUCCCUCUCAGUGGGGGUUUUCGUUCUUAUUCGGCUUUCUGGUGCUCCCUAUUGGAGCGUUAAUCAGGAAAAUCCCUGACCAGAUCGUGGUGGCUAUAGCCCACAGGCUCUCACCCCUUGUGACCCCGAUCCGGAUCAUGAGGGGGAGAAAGCAGGAAAAGAAGAGGUUGAAAGCAAAGGAUGCGGAGCGAAGCGAGGAGGAAAGAGAACCCGGCGAGGAAUAUUACGACGAAAAGGACGAGGAACGCCGAGCACGGCGUAUGCAGUGGCGUUGGGUCAAGGCCACGCUUGCGGGAGACCAGGAGUUUUUCGAGGACUUCUUGCAUCUACAUCACGAGGGCGAGCAGCGCACGAAAACCUUCACUAAAAAGAGCAGGACAAGCAGAACGCAGACGCUUAGCGCCAGGGCUGGCCUGGUAUCGGCUGGGCUGGCGGCUGCUGGAGUAGACGUGAAGCACCACCGACUUACUCCGAGGACAGGCGUGUUUGAUGGCCCUCCGCGUCCGGAGACCUCUGAAAAGCCUGCUGAAAUCAUCUCUGUCGAUAUUCAUCAGGUCAUCGAUGCCGUGCGGCGGAAUCCUGAAGACUGCCCGGCUGGCUUGCAGAUUGAGGUGCACACCGGUACUUCCCAGGAAGAUCCUGUGAUACCGGCAAGAGAGGUGCUGGAUAGCAGCACGCCCCCCAGCCAGAACCCGAAGUAUAUGAGGUUCGUAGAAGGCUGGUUGAGAUAG